CUUAGGCUAUGGAACAACAAGUACCUUAUAUGUAAUAUUAUUAUUAUUUUGAGUGGUGGAAAUGUGGAAUGAUACAAAGUGAUGGAUAUCAAACAAUGAGAAUUCUAAAAUUAAAUGUCUUUUCUUCUGGAUCAUAGCUAUGGAACAACAAGUACCAGAAUUAGUGACAGAGGUUUAAUAUGGACCGCAAGCACCAGUGAUUGAAACAACAUCGUUCAAAAAUAGCUGGAAAAAAUACUAAAAAAAGAGUGGAGAAAUUGGAAAGAAGGGAAGGCGGAUAACUACCAUAAAUUCUACCUUAUUCUCUGUUCCGCGCCUCAUUUCUCUUCUCUUUCCUCGAUCGAGAGAAGGAGAAGAUACAGAUUAUUUGAAGGAGAUAAUCGAAGAAGAAGAAGAAGGGGGGAAGGAUGAAGGAUGCAGACGCCAUUGCUGCAUUUCCGUUGGUAGCUGUGGCGAUUAACAGGGAUAAGAGCAGUCAAAAUGCUUUGAAAUGGGCGGUCGAUAAUCUCAUUGGCAAGGGCCAGACCAUCACCUUAGUUCAUGUUAACGUUCAGGCUACAGCUUCUCAGCAUAAUGAUCUAUCCAACGGCUACAAAGGCGCUGUGGAUCCUCAAAUGAAAGAACUUUUCCUCCCUUUUCGCUGUUUUUGCACAAGAAAAGAUAUUCAUUGCAAGGAUGUGGUGCUUGAAGACACAGAUGUGGCAAAGGCGAUUGUAGAAUUUGUAUCUCAGGCUGCAAUUGAGAAGCUUGUUGUUGGAGCUCCAUCUAAAGGAGGAUUUAUUAGAAGAUUUAAGAGCGCAGAUGUGGCUUCACACGUCUCAAAGGGAGCGCCAGACUUCUGCACAGUGUAUGUUAUAUCUAAGGGAAAACUGCUGUCAACCAGAAGUGCUGUGAGAGCAGCUCCAGCAAUGUCUCCACUGCGAGCUCAGAUACAGAGCCAAGCCAGCUUCAAACCUGAUACUGCUGAGCCACACCAUUUCUUGGGUCCAAAAGGUGAAAGUGCACCUAAGGCUCGGAACUUGCACGAUGAAUCGAUCAAGUCGCCAUUUACAAGGGGAAAUCGAGCGAAAUCCCAUGCGGAACUGUUGCAGGCUGAUACAGACAUCUCUUUUGUGAGCUCAGGGAGACCGAGCGUCGACAGAACAUUUCAGUCAAAACAUUCCAAUGCUUCAGAUGGGCUUGACCACCAUAGUUAUGACUCUGUUCGAACUCCAAUUCGCUCUGUUGAUUCGUACUCCUUUGGAAAUGAGUUCUCUUCUGUUUCUGGGGCCAGCAGUUCUAACUCUUGGUCUUCCCAAACCAUGGAUGAUGUAGAGACUGAGAUGAAGAGACUGAGGCUGGAGCUGAAGCAAACCAUGGACAUGUACAAUGCCGCCUGCAAAGAAGCACUCAUCUCAAAGCAGAAGGCUCUCGAACUCCAACGAUGGAAGAAAGAAGAAGAGCACAAACUUGAAGAAGCCCGGCUUGCAGAGGAGACUGCCAUGGCUCUUGUAGAGAAAGAGAAGCAAAAGUGCAAAGCGGCCAUGGAAGCUGCUGAGGCACAGCAGAGGAUAGCAGAGUUGGAAGCUCAGAAGAGAAGAUACGCGGAGAUGCAAGCCUUCAGAGAAGCGGAGGAGAGGAAAGCCAUGCAUGCUUAUUCUCCUGUCAGGUACCGAAGGUAUUCAAUAGAGGAGAUCGAGAUGGCUACAAACUACUUCGCCGAGAAUCUUAAGAUUGGUGAGGGCGGCUAUGGCCCCGUGUAUAAAUGUUUCUUGGACCAUACACCUGUUGCUGUUAAGGUGCUCAGGCCAGAUGCUGCUCAAGGAAGAACGCAGUUUCAGCAAGAGGUGGAGGUCCUGAGCUGUAUCAGGCAUCCAAACAUGGUGCUCCUCCUGGGCGCUUGCCCCGAAUACGGCUGCCUGGUAUACGAAUACAUGGCGAACGGAAGCUUAGACGACCGUCUCUUCCGGCGGAACAGCACCCCUCCAAUUCCCUGGCAGCACCGAUUCCGCAUCGCCGCCGAAAUCGCCACCGGCCUGCUCUUCCUCCACCAAACCAAACCCGAACCCCUCGUCCACCGUGACCUAAAACCCGGCAACAUCCUCCUCGAUCGAAACUUCGUCAGCAAAAUCAGCGAUGUCGGCCUCGCUCGCUUAGUCCCCCCUGCGGUCGCCGACACCGUGACCCAAUACCGCAUGACUUCCACCGCCGGCACCUUCUGCUACAUCGAUCCCGAAUACCAACAAACCGGAAUGCUCGGCGUGAAAUCCGACAUCUAUUCUCUCGGGAUCAUGCUUCUUCAGCUCAUCACCGCGAGGCCGCCGAUGGGACUCACCCACCAUGUCAGCCGAGCUCUGGAGAAGGGGAAUUUUGAAGAGCUGCUGGAUCAGAGCGUGACGAAUUGGCCGGUGGAGGAGACUGUGAGGUUGGCCCAAGUGGCGUUGAAGUGCUCGGAGUUGAGGAGGAAGGACAGGCCGGAUCUGGGUGGUGUGGUGCUGCCGGAGCUGGAGAGGUUGAGAUCGAUUGGGGAAGAUGGAAUGCACAACUGUGUGAUGAGGAGCUCGAAUAGCUCGCCGGUGAACAGUCAGGUUUUUAUACAGGAUGUGUUGAGUGAUCCCAAUUUGAUUCAGUCUGGAUAUGAUAGCUCCAAGACCAAUUCUGAGCUGUCUGGAGGAAGAAGGUCCAAUGUGAGCUGA